GUUCCCAGGAGUGCUCACAAACCCUUUUCGGGUUGCGUCGGGAAAUAAACUACCUUCAGCUGCUUCCUUUAGUCACAAUGGUCACAAGAAGUCGGCAUAGAAAUUUUCCAAAUCAAAUAUGCAGACUUACUCGCUGUGGCGACCCCUUGUGACCAAUAUGACUACAGGAGCAGCUGAAAGUCGCUUAUUUCAACACAACCGACAAUAAAAUGCCACAUAGAAGAACUGGAGAAGCUCUUUGUACUGUGUAAGCUCACAUUUUUUUAAAUGUCGUUAAAUUUCGCUUUAAAACAGGAGCUAUGUCCUCGGAGUCACGCACUUCAAUGAAGACUUGUUGAGAAGACGGUGAAGAUGCCCACUGAAUGCAGUAGCAGCUGUCUCGUCUACACAGUUAUCCUCCCAUAACAAAUAAAUUAGUCAACAUGGCCGCAGAGCACCUAGCCCUACAUAACUGAGACACGGAAUAAAACAACACAGACCCGUCCUUUUCAUCUCUGUUUUCGCAGAUUUAAUGGCGUUCAUGUCUCGGUUCUCUCGGUCCCGGAGCAGCUCCAGGUCUCCGAGCCGAAAAGACUCUGAACGUUCCUCCCCGAUCCUGACUGUCUCCGAGCUAGAGAGGCUCCUUUACACGGGCAAAACGGCCUGCAACCAUGCAGACGAAGUGUGGCCACGACUCUAUAUUGGAGACCAGGACAUUGCAUCAGAUCGUCGAGAAUUGGCCAAACUUGGCAUUACACAUAUCCUCAACUGCGCACAGACGAAGUGGCGCGGGGGAGCCGAAUAUUACGCUGGGAUGAACAUCACCUAUCAUGGCAUUGAGGCUCAUGACUCACCAACUUUUGACAUGAGUGUAAACUUCUAUCCUGCUUCUGAGUUCAUUCACAAAGCCCUCACCAGCGGAGGUAAGGUUCUGGUCCACUGUACUGUGGGAGUGAGCCGCUCAGCUACUCUGGUGCUAGCCUACUUGAUGAUCAGACAAAAUCUGACGCUUGUGGAGGCCAUCAAGACAGUAAAAGACCACAGAGGUGUCAUCCCUAACCGAGGUUUCCUCCGCCAGCUGAAUGGCCUGGACAGCAUCCUGAGAGAGAGCCGAAAAACAUCGCCGUAGAGCUGAAAAUACUCUCAAGACACAUUCCACCUGAG